GAUAAAGAACCAGGAAGAAGGUAGAGUCGAUAUGCUUCCCGUCUCUAUAUUCACAACCGCCUGACAAAUGUAAUUAUAACUGUCUUAAUGCCUGCUCGGUUAGAGCGUGGUCGUUGCGCAUUGACACGUUCAUUACUUCAGGCAGAGGAUUAAAUUGUACUUAUCAUUGUGUAGCGUUAAAAAGGACGCAUGAAUUCAAACAAAAGAAGGAAUAUGAAAGAAUAUUACGUACAUGAACAAUGAAUGUUAACCACAGCUAAUAAUCGAAUACCGAUUAUCGGUCAACAAGAUCAUAUCGCGUCAUAACAAAAGACGUUAAAAGAUGGUACUAUUGUGACCCUGUCUGUUUAUUUAACGCAUUCGACGUUAUGGUAACUCCCAUAUUGUGGAUGAACUUGAAAAACACCCAGAAGCUAUUGAAAGAAUCCAUUUAAUUUGUUUAACUCACUGCCGGUCUUAGGAAAGCACAAAUUCUGAUACUUUUUGGGUUGAACCCAUCCGAGUGAGGCAACUAAUCCCCAGUACAAAAAUCAGCGACCCAACCCAUUCAGCCACCGAGGCUUGCACAACAAUGGUAGUCCGACAACGAGUAGUCCAGAUCCCGUGUACCCCUUUGAUCAGCAUCAAUUGACACGACUCCCAUGGCUGAAAACUAUGAAUACACAAUGCCUUUUAGAAAGUGGUCAAAUGUAACAAAUGUUAUAUUUGGGAUAACACUUUCUGAGUACAAUACAAAUUCUAGUACUACCAGUUGUCGGGUUUCCAUUACACCGAAAAGACGCAAGUGUCACUGAUAAUAACAGGUUGGUUAGUGUAUUCGGUACCUGUCAUUAAUUUGUAUUCUGUUUAAAGUUUAUAUACUCUAAGAGUAUAUUUCUUCACAAAGACUACAGCUCUUGUGUUCCACAUAACGACCAUGUACGAGUUCCCAACUGUAUGCCUACAUCUGAAUCGGGUCGUGUUCUUCGGAUACGAUGUGGGCGACGAAUUAUUAAAUGAUGAUCAGGUAAACUCGCUGUAAGUGUAUAAUCAGACAGGGCUGUAUUGAGAACGCCUCAUUUUAUCCCCUUAAUGCCGAGCGUCACGGUAACAACAAGUACCAUCUUUUAACGUCUUUCGGUCUGACGCGGUUAGGGGUCGAACCACCGACUUUCAGCUCUCCGGGCAGACACUCUAUCCACUACGCCACAGAGGCGGUCUCUGACAGUAAGGUGCAGAUGCGCACACCGAUGCGUGCAGCUGAAACAUCCCUUCAUAAAAGGCUAGGGACAGGUUGCUGCAGUCGUCAGCCAUCACACUCAGACAUGCAGCGGUGGUCGGGACGUGUUGCUCUAGUGACAGGAGCCUCGGUCGGUAUUGGGGCGGGGCUGGUCAAGGCACUGGUCAAGCAUGGCAUGAAGGUGGUGGGGUGUGCAAGGAAUGUCGACAAAAUACAGAAACUUGCUGAUGACUUAAAGGAUGAACCUGGCAUGGUUAAAGCAAUAAGACGUGAUGUUUCCAAGGAAGAAGAUGUCAUGGCGAUGUUCCAGAUGAUCAGGGCUGACCCUGACCUUGGCGGGGUGGACGUGUGCAUCAACAACGCAGGUCUGGCCCACAACGAACCCCUGCUGACAGGAAGCACUCCCCUGUGGAGAGAAAUGGUGGAUGUGAAUAUCCUCGGCCUGUGUAUGUGCAGCAGGGAAGCCUUUAAGUCCAUGCAGGAGAGGAAGGUGGAUGAUGGGCAUAUCAUCCUUCUCAACAGUCUGUCCGGACACAGAGUGAUGCCGCUGCGUGCAAUGCAUUUCUAUUCUGCUACAAAGUUUGCUGUCACUGGGUUGUGUGAAGGACUCCGACAAGAGCUCAGAGAGAUGAAAAGCGGGAUCCGUGUAACGUCGAUCAGCCCGCGUUUAGUACAGACAGACUUCUUCUCUCGGAUGUACAAGGAUGAGGAAAAGUCCAAGUCCGGUUUUAGACACCUUGUACAGCCUCUCCAGACGGAAGACAUCGUCAGCACAAUUGUAUUUGCCCUGCAGUCGCCAGAACAUAUGGAGAUUAUAGACCUUCUGGUGAAACCUACGUCUGAAGCCAGUUAGCUGAACGAAGGAUGUCAAAAACAAGACAUGAACGAUGAACGACCUCUUGAAGAUAACGUUUUAAUUGUGACUGAACAACCUAUUUGAAAUGAGUGAUAGUGUUACACAAGCAUAUGUGUACACUACUUAGCUGGUUGACAUACCCAGAGUGGUGCUACUGAAGUAAGGUUGGUCAAGGCAUCUACUGACAUGAUCAGGAAGAACAUUUAUCUGGUACUCAGCUGCAUGUGUUUGUAACAGAGACGGUGAUUGCAGUGUAUUUGUUGUGGUAUUUCAAGACUUCAAGGGACAUUGUGAU